GGCUCGGGCAGCGCCGGGCAGGAGUGCACCGCCAGGGACUACAUGAGCAAGCUCCUCGCCUACGUCCACGAGCAGCUCUCGAAUCGGGACGUGUUUCCCAUCGACGAGGGCGCCCUUUUCCCAGAGGAGUCCGAGAGGGUUGCCCAGCAGCUGUCCAGGCGCAUGUUCCGCGUCUACGCGCACGCGUACCUGUCGCACUUCGCGAGGGUCCAGGAGGAGAACCUGGAGGCGGAGCUCAACUUCUGCUACAAGCACUUCCUCUACUUCGUGAAGGAUCGGUUCGACCUCGUCGGCGACCGCGAGCUGCUGCCCUUGCACGAGCUGAAUAAGAGGCCGUCCCGGCGGAGCUCCGCGGGUGAGGCGGCGAGCGCUCCGCCGCGGGCCCCCUGGCGGGCCGCGGGGGGCCGCAGCCGAGGCUGCCGCGGCUUCAGCAGCGGCAGAAGCUCGGCUGCUGCGGGCGGCAGGCCUGGGGGUCUGUCCAUCCCCGAUUUUUCCCGGCUGGGUGAGGCAGUCUUUUCCUGGCUGAGCGAGGCGGCGCACUUCCCUCGUCGUUGGGCGCCCGAGGUCUGGGCCCUGGGCCGCGCACAUGCCGCCGGCCAUGGCUUGCACCCCCCCGCCCUCUUGGCGGGCCCCCCGACGGAGGGGGCUCGCGCCGCCGAGGAGGGUGCGCGCCGCCGGGGCUGCUGCCGAAUUCGCCGCUGCUGGGCGGAGUCGCGCCUGGCCCAGACAUCGGGCGUCUCGAAGACGUCGAGGCCGAGGCUCUGCGUCGGAUGUCUGGCCUCCUCGGGCCCUUUGUUUUGCGCCUUCCCGCGCCGUGGCCCGGAAGGGGGCUCGCCGCUCGGGACGGAAUCGCGCCCUCGCGGCCCUUUGUUUUGCGCCUUCCCGCGCCGUGGCCCGGAGGGGGCUGCUGGGGGAGCCCAGGCUCGCUCGGCGAGAACGUUGCGCGCCCGCCGGGCGCUGCCGAAUUCGCUGCCGCGCGGGGGGUGGGCUGCGGCCGCUCCGCCGCCUUGCCGCUCCCGCCCCGCGCUGCAGCAGCGCCUCGGGGGCAGCGUGUAGGGCACUCGCGGCGGGAGGCUGGGUUCGCCACGCGUGCCGCGCCCCCCCCUUCAACGUUCGCCCCCGCUCCCGCUGCCAGGGGCCUCCCUCGCCUGCUUCGGGGACGCCUGGGCCAGUGCUGGCCCGGCGCGCCAGCGCGCGCGCCGUGCCCGCCGGGGGAGGCGGCGCGGCGCGGGACGGAGGCCGCGCUGCGGUGUGGGCC